AUGGCUGCUAUGUCAGAGAAGAUCUUGAUGCCUCCAUCAGUUGAGAUUUUAGAGCUGUUGGCAGCAAGGCGUGUAGUGGUUUUUACUGUUGAAACAUGUUUUCACCAAGCAGUCAUUGAGGGGGAUGUUGAGUCUGUCAUUAAGUCUCUGCACAAUGGUGGUAUGGAAUUUUCACAGGGUGGUCACAUUAUAAAAGUCAUUUUGUCUUAUGAAAACUUUGAAAUUCAGAGUUUAAUGUCCUCUCAUGUUGUUAGGCAAGGUAAUGCCGUAUCAACAUUUCGAAACGGAGCGGAUUUUGCUCCGGGUCAUGUGAGGUCCACUCAGAGUAUAAAUAUCCUUCAAAGAGUCUCAAAUGCCCUUGAUGUCAAAGCAGAACGUCACCAGCAUACUCUGGGCAGUAUCGUCAUCAUAGCACAGGACGAUCAAAUAUACAACGCGCACAGCACUGAAAAAAAAAAGGGCCAAAAAAAGCGUCGAAAUAGAAAACUGCUACAGUUGCUAAGUGCUCUAUCUCUAUCUCCCAUUCCUCUCCUCCUUUUUGACCGAUCACUCUUUGCCACUGUCUCUGCUUUGCUCUCUUUCCCAGAUAUACAAGUAGCCAUGGAGAAAGGAGCACCCUUGAGAUCAAAGGGAAAGGAAGAUAAGUUGAAAGGGAAGGAUGACAGCUCAACAAAGCCAAAGAAUGCAAGGAAAGUUCAGUUCAAUUUUGAAGGUUCACCUGAAUAUAAAACUAGUUCUUUACCGAAAUCUUUUGGGAAGGAUGACACUCCAUUUCCAAAAGGCUAUUCAGGCAAAGGAGGGGGAAAAGGAGAUAAAAUUGCUAAUGGUGGAAAGAGCACAGUCUUUAAAGAACCACAACCGCUGGAGCUUAAAGUUGAGCAGGAUCUACCAGAGAAUGUCAAAUGCAUGAUGGAUUGUGAGACUUUAGAUAUUUUACAAGGAAUCCAGGAUCAGCUGCCCAUAUUAUCAAAAGAUCCAGAAUUUAGACUCCCUGUACCAUUUGACAAGGGACUGCAGUAUGCCAAAAGGGGUGUCCAUUAUGCAAAUCCCCAGGCUGUUAGACAAGUUCUUGAUGAGAUAUGCGUGAUUGCCAAUGUUUGUCCAGAGUCUGAUGAGGAAGUUUUUUCUCUGGUCCCAUCCUUGAAGGCUAAGAGAACCAAGCUUAGGGAGCCCCUCAAAGGUAUAUUAAGUGAGCUAGCAAAGCUUAAAGAGUCUGUUAACUUAGAAAGUCAACACAAGCAGGAAAGUCUACACAAGUGGGGAGAUCAACACAAGGGGGAAGAUCAACACAAGAAGGAAAGUCAACACAUGGGGGAAGAUCAACACACGGAGGAAAGUCAACACACGGAGGAAGAUCAACACAAGGGGGAAGAUCAACACUUGGAGGAAAGUCAACACAAGGGGGAAGAUCAAAACAUGGAGGAAAGUCAACACAAGGGGAAAGAUCAACACAUGGAGGAGGGUCAAAACAAGGGGGAAGAUCAAUACUUGGAGGAAAUUCAACACAAGGGGGAAGAUCUACACAUGGACGAAAGUCAACACAAGGAGGAAAGUGCACAUCAGGGUUCCUACCUGACAUCUAGUAAAGCUUAAGUAAUUCUGUGAGCCUGGGAGUUGUGGAUGGCUAAGGUGAUUGAGUUAGCUUUGCAGAGCUUAGAAGACCAGCAAAGUACCUGCUAUCCCUUCUGUAACAUGCACUCUUAGUCUUGGUACAUGUACAACUUUUUCCCCCCAUUUUAACUUAGGGAUGAAAUGGGAAUCCUUUCUUAUGUAAGUAUUAUACUCUAGUGACAAGCUUAUCCAUGUGAUUUGUUCCUCAAAACUGUUCAUUGAAAGGUUUGUCAUAAAUGUGGUAGCUUUGUGGUA